AUGAAAGCGAUCGUGAUCUCGGAGCCAGGAGCGCCGGAGGUUCUGCAACUCCGGGAAGUGGAAGACCCACAAGUGAAGGACGAUGAGGUUCUCAUCAAAGUUCACGCCACUGCUCUGAAUCGCGCCGAUACAUUCCAGAGACUUGGGUUUCACCAUCCACCACCUGGCUCAAGCCCUUACCUUGGUCUCGAGUGUUCCGGAACCAUUGAAUCCGUCGGCAAGGGCGUCUCUCGUUGGAAGAUCGGGGAUCAGGCGUGUGCUCUUCUUUCUGGAGGAGGUUACGCAGAGAAAGUCGCUGUACCUGCUGGACAAAUCCUCCCUAUCCCCGCCGGUAUCUCUCUAAAAGAUGCGGCGGCUUUCCCGGAAGUGGCAUGCACUGUUUGGUCAACUGUCUUCAUGAUGGGCCGUCUCUCAGCUGGUGAAUCUCUCUUGAUCCAUGGAGGUUCAAGUGGGAUUGGGACAUUUGCAAUUCAGAUGGCUAAACAUCAAGGAGUGAGAGUAUUUGUCACAGCAGGGAAUGAGGAAAAGCUAGCUGCUUGCAAAGAACUCGGGGCUGAUGUUUGUAUAAACUACAAAACAGAGGACUUUGUCACAAAGGUGAAAGCAGAAACCGAUGGGAAAGGUGUGGAUGUUAUCUUGGACUGCAUCGGUGCUUCAUAUUUGCAGAGAAACCUCGACAGCUUAAACUUCGAUGGAAGGUUAUGUAUCAUCAGCUUAAUGGGAGGAGACAAUGCAGAGAUAAAACUAAGUAGUCUUCUUCCAAAGCGUCUCACUGUCUUAGGAGCUAGGUUAAGACCAAGAACAACGGAAAGCAAAGCGAUUAUUGUAGCGGAGGUCGAGAAGAAUGUUUGGCCAGCGAUAGAAGCAGGGAAGGUAAAACCGGUGAUUUACAAGUAUUUACCAUUGUCACAAGCAGCGGAAGCUCAUAGCCUUAUAGAGAGCAGUAGCCAUAUUGGUAAGAUUCUGCUUGUGACUUGA